AGGUGAAGAAAAGAAAACGCUUCCAAUGUAUAGCAGUUAAUGAUUUGAAUGGGCAGCAUUCUGGAUUUAUUCGAUAAAGAAGAUAAAUUAAAAUGGAGCAGCGGGCGCUUUGGGUCACAUACUUAUUGAUUAUAUUGGCUCUGGCUAAUGAAAUGUCAUCCGCCGUACAAGCCAGGGACAAUACUAAACGAAGGACAAAAGAAAAAGGCGGCUUCCAAAAAAACAUUUGCGACAUCACCGACAGAGAUUCGAAAGUACACUGCUAUUGCGAGAACACAAGGGAACCAAGAAAUGCGACGAAGGCCGAGUGCUGGGUUUUCAACGGAGGCAUUCCUCGGGACGACCUCAUCUGGCAAAGUUUCGCGUCACAACCGACUUUGCAAACUUUGUCUUUCAACGUUCGAGUUGACGGCGCGUUAGGCUACGUGCCAACCAAAGCGCUUCAGUACUUACAAAGGCUUCGAUCCAUAAACAUAAAGUACGGAAACAUAGUUGAUGUUGCCCCAUUUGCCUUAGCGAAUCUGACUAAUUUGAAAGAAGUGUCACUCUCUCAGAACCAAAUUGAAACCCUCCAGCAAUACGCGUUCGCUUACCUCCCGAACCUGACUGUAAUCAAUUUGGAAGACAACAUGAUCCUCGAAAUUGGAAAAGAUUCAUUUUUCGAUCUUCCGAAAUUGCAAAAGCUGACGCUCACCAAAAACAACAUAACGACGAUUAGCAACGGAGCCUUCCAACACGCGUUCAAUCUGUUGGAAUUGGACCUGAACAAAAACAGCAUAUUCCAUUUGAACCGUCACACGUUUGAUGGAUUGGCGAACUUGCGGAAAUUGGAUCUCAGGAAGAAUCGCAUUUACAAUUUGACCGAGUUCACGUUUGCCGAAUUGUGGAAUUUACAAGAGUUGCUUUUGGGGAAGAAUGAAAUAAAGUACAUAUCGGCGCGGGCGUUCGACGGGCUGUCGCAGCUCCGGAAGCUGUCCCUCGAUGACAAUAAACUGGCCGUGAUCCCCUCUGGCCUGUUCGAAGGAGUCCGAGGCCUGAGCGCCCUCGAUCUGCGUUCCAAUGAACUACACGCGUUGACUUUCGACAACAUAAAACCCAUAUUGGAUAAUUUGAAACCCCCAAACAGCAAUUUGCUUCUCGAAGAGAACAACUUCGUUUGUGACUGCAGACUGAAAUGGAUGCAUUCAUUACGUAACGAGACGAAAAGUCAAAGCACCAAGGACUCCCUUGACGGAGUUACAUGCAAAAUGGAUACGCCAAUAGUUAGUUCAGCUUACAACAAGAUGUCUGAUGAUACAAAGAUCAACUAUAGUUUGGAAAUAUUGCACACCAGCGCCACUGUUGAAGUGGUGGACAAAUUUAACACUACAGAUAGGAAACUUGAUGAGAACGAUAGCAGCGAAGGAAAGAAGGGGGUUAAGAGGAACGUUCUAAAGAUCCCAGCGGAAAAUUUGCCUUGUCCUAAAGAAACUAUGACUACAACAGAGAGCCCACCGUUCAUUGUAGACCCAGUGAUACCAAUACAGAAUGAAAUGAAAACCUUUAGAUUUCACGACAUUAAUUCCGCUGAACGAGUUUCCCUUACAAGCAUUCUAGUCUGGAGUGUGUCUUUUAUUUUUUUCAACACUUAGGUUAUAUUGCCAAUAUUCUAGUCAUUAUGAAUGAGGUAUAGACUUUUAAUCUAACAAAAUAUGUAUAUAACGAUUGUGAAAUACGCUAAUCAACAGAAUAUAAAUUCAAUUAUAUAUGACAAAAUUAAUUUAACUAUUUCAUUAAUAGAAAUAGGUUUUCCAAUAGAUGUUAAUUAAGUGAUUAUUCUAGGGUAAUAAUAAAUAACAGUAUUGUAAUAUAGUGCCCCAUCUUGUAAAUAAUAAUGGUAAAUAACAUAGAAUAUUAUAAACCAAUGCGUAAGAAUAUUAUAUUAUAGUUAAACUACAUUAUUUUUCACCAAUUGUCUAGUCAAAUCUCAAUUUAUGGUUUACACAUUUUCAAAAUAUUAUCAAUUACGAUGCAGUGAUUUCUGGUAAAAGGUGUUUUAAAUAGUAGAUAAUAUUUACCGAAACAGGAUAAAAAUUAAUGUUUAAUGUAAUUAGUGUAUUUUAAUUGAGCUUAUGAAUUGAUCUAGUCAAAAUAUAUCUAUGAUUGGUAUAAUAAUUUUAAAGGUUUUUAUUAUAAUAGACGAAGAGUACCUACAUCAAAAAAGGGGUCUCUAUUUCUGAUAUCACUUGAGACAAACUGAAUUGUUUGUUUAUUGAAAUUCAUUAUAGUAUAAAAAUAUUGUAACUUAAUGUAAAGAAUUCAAGCCUUUAUUAAACAAUUCUGCUUAAGAAUUAAUAAUCAGACACUGAAAUAAAAUGUAUUUCAAAGACUAUUUUAUGAGAUAAAAUUGAAACAGAUUCGGCAUUGAAUGUCCAUGAUAUUUAACCUUUUUGUUUUCAAUGAAUAAGUUCGCAAUGAAAAUUAAAAAUGUAAUAAAUGUA